AUGCUACGAAGCUCUAAGGAUACAGUUAGUGUUGAAAUAAAACCAUUUAGUAUUACGGAUGCUGUAAGUAUAUUAAAUGUUAUUGGGUAGAGUUUCUUUGGAUUUACUAAAGAAUUAUUCAUAAUCUUUCCAUACAUAAUAGUCAAAAAAUAUAAAUUAGUUAAACUUAUGAUAGAAAGUAUGAUCAAGCUUGUAUACUUAAAAACCUUUAGGUAAAGCUUAGAAAGCAUUUUAUAGUAUUUCGACUUUGUUUUUUCAAUUUACAAAAAUAAUUAAAAAGAAUCUAUAUCACAUGAUUGA